AUGAUGCAACUGGCAAUAAGUUCAUGUAUAAUAUCGUGGCUGCACGUCUUAUAUCCAUUGCGAAAAUCAUUUCAACGUACGUUGAAGAAAUAUGAUGAAUGGUGCGAUGCAUGCUUGUGCAAAUUAUUAAGUGAAGCGAUGGAAUCACGUGAUGAUUUGAUUCUAUCAGUUUGUCAGAAUUCGCUAUGUGAAGUAAAGCGAUAUGCAACAAUGCAAAAUGCCUGCGCGAGUUGUAAAUUAAUGAUUUUCUUACUUCGUUGCUCAAUGCAGAAAGAUCAACGAGAGCGAUUUAAGUAUUGGUACAAUCGAUCUGCUGUUCUCGAGACGUUUAUUUCACGUAAAAUUAAUCGCAAAUUCGCUUUAGCUGCUCUGCUGAAUUCUUGGCAAAUACUGCUUGAACCACAUAUCAAGAUUUCUAACUUGUCUGCAGCAAGAAAAUAUUCUCGUGACUUUUUACAAGAAAAUAAAUCUGAAAGAGAACCUCUGAAUAUUAGCGAAAAUGUAGUUACAAGUGAAAAGAAGAAGAAGUCAUUUUCUUCAGCUAUUCCACUAUCAUCAGGAAUGACCACAACGGAUGAUCCUACCCCAAAGCAACUGGAUAUCAUAUUGCCUGUAUUCUUUUGGCCUUUAUUUAAGGUAAUUGCAGUUUUAUUAAAAGUUAAUCAAUUGCUCCUAAAUUAA